AUUCGGGGGUCGGGUCGUCGCCCCGGCGGAGGGGAAACGGGCGACGGAGGAGAAGGAGGAGGCCAUGGCGCGGCUGCUGCUGCUGCUCGGGCGCUGAAGCGGCGGGGAAGGCCGGGGUUGGGAGGGCGAGGGGGCGGCUGAAGCAGGAGCCGUCGCUGCCGCUUCUGUCAUUCUCCGGCCCGGCCGCCCUCCUUGGCUCCUCUCGCCCAGACCCUGGCCUACCUCCGCCUCUCCUCCGCCCGGGAAGAGCAAGGCAGCGCCUCGCUCUUGAGGAGAGAUGAAGGAUACUGGAGUUGAAGUCCAGAUGAGUAGCUGGCUUUUCAAGCAGCUGAAACUCCACUUGGAACAGGAAUGGAAGUACCAACCAAGGGAAAAGGGGCUGAGCUUGAUUGAGUGUACUGCUGAGAAUGAAAACACCAUAUGUCCCAGACUGCGAAAUGCAAAAGUGGAAGAUCUCUGGAGUCUGACAAACUUCUUUGGAUUUGCCACUGAAACAUUUGUCCUGGCUGUCAACAUUCUAGAUAGAUUUUUGGCACUUAUGAAGGUGAAACCGAAGCAUUUGUCCUGCAUUGGCGUCUGUUGUUUUCAAUUGGCUGCUCAAAUGGUUGAAGAGCAAUGCAACAUUCCCUCCCUCCACGAUGUCAUCCGAAUUAGCCAGUGCAAGUGCACAGCAUCUGAUCUGAAGCGGAUGGAGAAAAUAAUCUCAGAAAAACUGCACUUUGACUUCAAAGCUACUACUGCCUUAACCUUUUUGCACUUGUACCAUACUAUAGUACUCUGUCAUACCUCAGAAAGGAAAGAAUUGUUGAAUCUUGACAAACUGGAAGCACAACUUAAAGCUUGUAACUGCCGACUAGUCUUCUCAAAAGCAAAACCAUCUGUCUUGGCCCUGUGCCUUCUCUCUCUGGAAGUGCAGACUCUAAAGUCCAUUGAGUUGUUUGAGAUUGUUCUGUGUAUUCAGAAGUAUUCAAAGAUAAGUGACAGUGACUUACUGUAUUGGAGAGAACUGGUCUCGAAAUGCUUAGCAGAUUAUUCUUCUCCUGCCUGCUGCAAACCAGACCAUAAAAAAUUAGUAUGGAUUGUUUCAAGACGCACUGCCCAAAAUCUUCAAAACAGCUACUAUAGUGUUCCUGAGUUGCCCACAAUUCCUGAGGUUGGAUGCUUUGAUGGAAGUGAGAGUGAGGAUUCUUGUGAAGAUAUGAGCUGUGGAGAAGAAAGCCUGAGCAGCUCUCCUCCAAGCGACCUGGAAGGCUCCUUCUUCUUUGACCUCAAACCGAAGUCAAAGUGGCCGGCUCUCUCCUUUGACUCCUAGGUCGGGUUCUUAGUGCAUUACAGUACUUCGGCAAUACGUAUCUGAGCACCCUCUGUACCUUGGCACAAGGUCUCACUGAGUGCUCAAAACAUGUACUGCGCUUUCCUCCGUAGUGCGAUAAGUCAGAUUGUAGCAAAGUAGCAUUUAGGGGGCCGUAUUCAUUGGCAAGCAUUAGCGAGUGCAUGCUGCCUGCCAUCAGGCGAUACGAUAGCUGGAGUGCUUGAUAUGCACUUGAAUGCUCUGCUGAAACUAAAGGCUGAGGCUUAAUGGUGAAGUAUUUUGCGGACAGGUUCGGUUGCAAAGAAGUAUAUGCUUAUUUCUUUUCUUUUUUUUCUUGGCUAAAGUACUUUAACCAAAACUUACAUUGUGCAUUCUUUCCAAGAAAAAGCCUCAUUGCUUUAAAACUAUUCACUUUCAGGAAUUUUAUUCAAAUUUAAUCAGGCAUAAGCUUAGAUUAUUUAGGGAGGAAUAAGCUGCUCCUUUAAAAUAUGUUCCAGGCAUGGUUUGUGUUAAAAGAUCUAAAGGCCAGCUUUUAUAUCUUCAAAUUAGGAAUAAAGUGUAUUCAGGAAGUUUAGUGUUAAUGUAAAAAAAAGACACAUUACUUAAAUUAGAACUGUAAAGUUCCACCUUCCCUUUACCUACUAACUCCCGCGGUUCAUUUCAAUCUUCUUUACAUUGUCAUAAGUAAAUCCAUAAUCAUAAUAUGUUUGCAUGCUUAAGUAAAAGCUGUUAGCAGAAAGGUGGUAAAAUGUGAAGUUGAUAAAAUGGUUGUAAUGACACUUAAUUGCUUGCCAUUUUUUUUCUUUUAAAGGACAGACUAUAUAGUUGCAUUACUUAGUAUCUUGAAAUAUAUGCAAAGUGAGCAAAAGAAGAAAUUUAUAGUCCAAUGAUGUGAAAGCAAGGUCUUGGUAGAAAUGAAGGGGCAACAAAACUUAGGAUUCGUAGCAUUGUGUAGCCAUCUUGAAGUGCAGAUGUGAAUGGUGGUGAUGUGUGGUGUGCUCUGAUUUUUUUAUAAGCAAAAAAAAUGUUUACAAAAAUUUGUAAAAAAUGUAAAUUAAAACCUGUAUAAAAAAAUUUAAAAACAAAAUAAGCUGAAAAAUAUUGUAUUUUUACAUUGUGUAUGUAAUUUUCUUAUAUGUAUGUUGCAUGUAGAUAUUAAUUUAUUGUAUCCUGUGUCCUGUACAUGAUAUACAUACUGUACAUUGAAGGCUUGCUUUUUUGGUACCAUAUGCCUGAGUGUCAAGACGUUUUCUGAAAGCUAUUUUCUCUCAAAAGAUGACUCAGAUGAUCUCUGCUUCUGUUCAAUAAAACCAAAUGCUUUUCCUA